UCACUGCUGGGUUAAGGUUUGUUGAUCCUUGUUGCUAUCCGUCCAUAACGUACGAAAGGACUCCCUGCUAAAAAUGGCAGAAGCUCCCCCACGACCCAGCCGGUUCUUCUGUCACCGCUGUUCAGCAGAGAUUAGUCCGCAUCUGCCGGAUUACACCUGUCCACUUUGUGAGUCCGGGUUCAUCGAGGAGUUACCUGAAGAAAGGAGUACUGAAAAUGGGUCAACAUCUUCAUCCUCUUCCUCCUCCAGUGACCAAAACCGACCGGUUUUUGAGCAUAUGGAUCAGCAACACCUUUUCACAUUUCCCUCUGGUUAUGGUCCAUUUGCCCUUGGAAUUUUUGAUGAAAACUUUGAUCUGCGAACACGACUUCCACCAGAGGACAAUAGAGAAAGUGAAAACAGAAGAGAACGAGAAAUGGCAUCACGGCAACGAUACGGUGCCAGGCAACCACGAGGGCGGCAUGGGACUCGCCGUCAGGGUAUGCGUCAUGAAGGAGUGCCUACAUUAGAGGGAAUUAUUCAGCAGUUAGUAAAUGGAAUUAUCGCACCUACAGCAAUGCCAAAUAUCGGAAUGGGACCAUGGGGUAUGCUACAUUCAAACCCAAUGGACUACGCUUGGGGUGCCAAUGGACUUGAUGCCAUUAUUACUCAGUUAUUGAACCAGUUUGAAAACACAGGUCCUCCACCUGCUGACAGGGAAAGAAUAAAAAGUUUACCCACGAUUGCCAUAACAGAAGACCAUGUUGGGGCAGGUUUAGAGUGUCCUGUUUGUAAAGAAGACUACAGUGUUUCAGAGAGUGUCAGACAACUACCAUGCAAUCAUUUAUUUCAUAAUGACUGUAUAGUACCAUGGCUGGAACAGCAUGAUACAUGCCCUGUGUGCAGGAAAAGUCUCAGUGGACAGAAUACAGCCACUGAUCCACCAGGAUUAUCAGGAAUAAACUUCUCCCCCUCAUCAUCAUCAUCAUCCUCCCCCAGUUCACCAAGCAAUGAAAAUGCUGCAAAUUCUUAGUUUUUCAUGACUGCCUCAUAAAAACAGACUGAAACUGCAGCUUAAACCAAGAUUGCUGUCUUGUCAUAAGGGAAUAACUUGAGUCAAGAUGGACAUGUUACAUUCCUUGUGCUGAACUUGUACCAGAGUUCUGUUGCUGCUUCAUUUAAGUGUUUGAGUAGGUGUUGCUGACAGCCUACAGAAGGCCCAGAGAGCCUGUGAAUUGAAACUAUAGACUGACAUGGGGUACUCAGACAUUUUUAUGUCGGAGACAACAUGCUUUUAAAACAUUGCCUGUGUUGAUGCAAACCUUGAGAAAUGCCCAUUGUUGUGUAGAUACAUUUUAUACUGUGAAGUGAUGGUGACAGUUAUACAGAGUUUGAAAGGAGGAGAGUGUAUGAAUCUUUGCAUCGUAUUUAUUUGCACAUUUGUUUUUGUUUUUGUUUUUUGUUUUUUUGUUUUUUUUUACUUUGCACAAAAUAUUGUUUUAGUAUGCAAGUUUGAAGAAGAAAUACGUUUCUGUACACAAAUAUUUUAAAGAAA